CACCCCGGAGUUCUUUAUUGAAAUUCAGAAAAAGAUUUCAAAUCAAGAGUCCUUUGAAGCCGAGGACAUUGAAAUUUGUGCAAAAGCCUCGACAUAAACGCAGGUACCAGUCAAGUGACAGCGAGCAGAGUCAGAUUAAACUUAGACGCAGCCAAAAUAAAGACAAAAAUGAAUCAUCGUGCACAUGUAAUCAAAAAUCUAGACCUGCAAACUUUAAGUCGUCAAAAGAGACAACUGCUCCUACCACGAUUAGCACCAAGGAGUCGACUGUUACCGAAGUCGCUGUUGCCCCCACCGAGAUUCCCAGCACGACCCCCGAUAAUGCUGCCCCUAGUGACAUCAGCUAUCUCGGAUCGAAUUCGGACGUACCCAUAUUACUUACAAGAGAUACCUAUAGCUCUGGGAGAGACGAUUUUCGACUCAGUAAAGGAAGCGGCUCCACACAUAACACAAGCACUGAAAGAAAUAUCUCCGGGAAUAAUGGAAAUAGUGAACGUGAUACCGCACACGGAGAAGAUCGCUCCAGUUCAACAGAUUAUGAAGAAACUUCCUACAGUGAUACACGAAAGUAUGCAAGUGGCAAUGGAUUCGAGAGUGACAGAAGAUUCGAUGGAGGACGAGGAUUACACAAUGAUCGAGAUGGUGCCAGAAGUCCCGUUUAUUCGGACGCCCAAGAAACAAAUGAAAACCUCAAAAACAAAGAAGUCGUUAGACACAUACGAGGAGACUUCGGAGAUCGAGAUGGUACCAAAAGUCCAGUUUAUAGAGAAGCCCAGGAAACAAAUAAAGAACUCAAAAAUGAAGACGCCUUUAGACACUUUCGACGAGACUUCGCAAAAUUUAAAGGAGAAACUGAGCUCGAAAUGGGAAGAGACGAAGCAAAAAGCACAACACUUAUACCACAAUUUGUUCCAGGAUUCAGAGGAUUUCCACCCAUGGAUAAAUUCGGACAAAAAUCACAAUCUGUACAAUCCAAAGAAAUUUAUGAAAAAAGCAUCAUCCAUAUCCCAGACGAUAACUCCAGCGAUAAGCGAAUCUUUAGCGGAAAUGGCACAUAUACCGCAGAAAAUAAAAAAGCUGGUGAAGCAAAUGCAACAGUGAUACCUGUUAAGGAUUUGUCUAACCCAAUGAUUAUGCUUCAAAGUCCGAAACAUGACACACCAUAUGUCACAAUUAUUGAUGGGU